GUCAAAGCGCGCACGUGGUUGUCAUCUCCGGUGCAGUACUGAGUGGGUUGGAUCGUUUGACUCGGUAUAAUUGUUUAUUAAAAAAAACAUCCACUUUUGAGCAAAAAGCAACAUUCUAACGUAAACUGUCAUAUAGUUCGUUGAUGUUAAUCUGUCUCUGAAGAUGUCUUCAGAGUCGGAGUCAGAGUCAGAAAGAAAUGAUGUUGAAUCGCCUCCGUCUUUAGGCCUAUCAUCAGAACCCAAAACGGACCAAGCACCAAAAUCGAAUCCUGCCGUAAACAAGACCAAGGUUACACAGAGGAAUCUGCAGUACAAUCGCAGAAAGUGGGGAAAACUGAAGGACACGGCCAAAAAGUGGAUUGACAAUCAAGGCUCGACUGUUGCGCCUUUCGUAAUCAUGAGGCUGAACAAGGGAGUCUUUGAAUGGGGAGGUCCUUCCUUCAUGCGUGGCUUUGCUGAGGACCUGGAAGUUAUCGUCAAGUUUAAGGAGGCAGCCUUCAUGAGACCUGUGCCCUUUAGACACAAGGGUACUGAGACCAAGAAAGCAGCUAAUAGCUGGACUGGUGUAAAUGUUGAUGGUGUGGACCUUCAAAGUCUUCCAGUUGCCUCUCUGAGACGGAUUCUGACAGAGAUCUGCAAUCCCAAAGGUCUAUGUGGCUUUUGGCAGAAUCCUGGCAACAAGCCAUCCUGGUGGCCUAGUGAUGAAGUGCCAUUCCAGUCACCAAACUGGGUUUCAGGUGGAGGCACUAAACUCAGGUGCCAUCAGCUUCUUCAAGUGCUUGAAGCAUAUAAGUCUUCUGAUGGUACCAAUCAACAGUGCCCAGGUCCCAGCGGCCAAAAGGAUCAGCCUAGGCCUACAUGUUCCAGUAAAAAACCUCCCCCUGCACCACCUCGGCCCUCUGUCACUGACAGAGUUCUCCACAAAUUCAAGAAGAGAGACUACAGGUCCUGCUUGACCACUUUGGAGGCUUUGUCAUGGGCAGACCUACAAGUAGUUUGCAAUGACCUGAUGCCUCAUGUCAUUGAUAAGAAGGAGCAGAUCAACACUAAUAUCAGCUUGGCAGACUUUCCUGCUAGCAAAGUGGAUGAAAGGCGGUCCAAGCUAGCAAGACUGCCAAAGAAUUUUGCUGCUCUCUACAGCACGGGGGAUGGGGAUUGCCUUUUCCACUCCCUGAGUGUCCUGGUGAAUGGAACAGAGGAGGCCACACUGUUUAUUCGCCUGGCAGCAACGGUGUAUGGUGUGUGCCAUGCAAGCCACUAUGUUUCUAUGUAUCUUGAAGAGUGUGGCAGUAUUCAGGCUGCUUGUGCUUUCAUGCACAUGAUGUGUGCACAUCCUCCACCUGGCACAUCCAUUGCAGACUGGACUGUGGAGGAGAUUAUAUGCCACACUGUGCAGGACCAGGCUGCUUCCACGGCUAAGAUACAGUCUUAUUCUGGCAUCCUUCAGGUGUUGUUUGCAGCUGGGUUUCUAGGGGUAUACAUCCAGCAGUACUCGGAGGAUCGUGCCCCGGGGUAUGAUACCCUUCUAAACCCAUGCGCAUGUGAAGAGCAGGAUGGCUUGCCACUUUUGCACGUCAUGUGGGUGAAAGCAUCAUCGUCUGGAGCCAUGAACCACUUUGUCCCCCUCGUUCCACGUCGUGCUCAAUCAAGACGCGCUGCCCACAAGGGGAAGAAGUUCAAUCUGGGGGAUGUGGCCGAGAAUUUCUGCACAGCUUGCUUGGGGGCAAUGAAUAUGUGCCAGGCAGAUGUACACUACCUAGAUACAUGGAUUGAAUGCGAUGAGUGUCAUAAGUGGUAUCAUUGCCUGUGCACCGGAGUGGCUCAUGCUGCAGCAGAAAACAUGACAUUUGUCUGCUGCUCCUUGAAUUGCUCCACCAGUGUUGCUAAGCUUGAUGGGACCACAAUUACAGUGGGAGACAUUAAUCGCCUAAGAAAUGGAGAGGACCUUUCUGGUGAUGCCAUUGACUUCUUCAUGAGACACUUCAUGAAGACAUCAAAUGGGGCAGAUGCCUUAAUCCUGCCCUACUUCAUUGGGCAGCUUUUGCAGCCUAACAGCUGGCUGCAAAAGCUGCCACUCAGCCAAGCUGUGCCAAGGAUGGAGCAGCAUCUGCGAACAGUGGGCAUCACUGCCCCAAGAAUCCAGCAGACUGGCAACCUGCUGUUACCAGUUUGUACUCGAAAUCACUGGGUUGGCGUUAUAGUCCAACGAGAAGCGAAAUCAUUGCUGAUUCUGGACUCACUUGAUGGAUUUCUUGGUGCUGAUGUAUACAACAGUCUGCACAGAUUUGUUUGCAGAUAUCUUGACUUGAUCGCUCAUUGUGCUGCUGAUAAAGCAUUGAAUGAAGAGCCACUAUGCAUGGAAGCCCCUAAGGUAAAACAGCAAGACAACAUGCACGACUGUGGCGUAUUCCUUCUUGCGAACUUUGAAGCUUUCUUGAAUGGAGGCAUAGAUGAGUUGGGCAAGAUUUGCACAAAUGGAAUGAAGAUGAGAAGGAGGCUCAUUACCUUGGUACAUGGACACAGCUCGUAGGCAUUGGAGUGGUAUCAUGAAUGAGGGCCCGAUUACAGUUGUCUCUAUAACUUUGGAUCAGGACAGUACUAUCAUUCUUUGUAGGAGAAUUUUUAAAUGUAAGUUUUUCGAAAGACACUUGUGCUGUAAAUAAAUGAAAUUGAACCACCUAAUGUUUCUGCACUUUCUUCACACCUGUGAGAACAGAUUCAAUACAAUGUAAACGCAGGAUGAAUUAAGCUCAGUGAAACCUAAUGUAUUCAAGAAAACACUCGGAAAGCGGUUCUUGGGUGAAAUUACAAAGUCUGGUAAUAAUCUUUUUUCUAAGAAGUGUUUGAUGAUACGUAUAUUGCUUUUUCAGUGAUUAAAGGUUUAAUGCUUCAAGACCAUUGUCCCACAAGUAUGUCAUUUGGUUCAGUACAUACACUCUGUAUGGAAAUGACCUUUCAGAUAUGGCACCAUGCAUACUUUGUUUUGUUUGACAAAGACGAGUGUAAAGAAUCACACAAAAACUGUGACUUGGUACAUGUAAUUGUAAAAUCUUAUAAAAUGUAACACGUUGUAAUUAAAGGCCUUUUUCCUACUUCUCAAAACUGUCAUUGCAAAACGAAUUUCCAUGACAUUAGCAAUGUAGGCGGGCUUGUUUUGAAAUAUUUAAAUGACAUCUGCAUUGGUUUAGAGAUCUAGUAAGUGUAAUACUGUAUAUCAAGUAGCUGAAUUAAGCCAAUGUGAAAGAAAGCAAAUUUGCAUCAAGAAUGGUGAAAGUGUCCCUAACAUUCAGCUUUAAAGUUGCGGUCUCUUGAAGUAUGAAUAGUAGCCAAGGCCUCUGCACAUGACCAUGUGUACUUUUCCGCUUAAACUAUCUCAUCGAGCAGAAGUUCAUGUCCAUGAAAAUAACUAAUGUAUUACACUACAGUGUUUUCUGUAUAUAAUUUUUAUACAAGUAUUUUCUGCUAUCGCAUAUUAAUUUGAGUGUUCCCUUACUUCACUCGACUGUGUCAAGCAGGUGUGUACACCGUAAAUAAUUUUCAUUGCAUACACAUGCAGUUGGCCCAGAAAAUUAACUGUGUGCAGCCGCUAUGACUUUUCUUGUCUCUUGGACAUCAAAGUUUUACAACAGAGAACCUUUUUUACUUUUGUUACCUUUUUUACCAAGUGUUCGAAAAUAUAUGUACUAUAAUAUAAAUAUUAUAUUGUUUACACAAAAUAUUUACGUGUAUGUAUUUGCAUGGGUAAGUGUUUAGUUAUGAAAUGAAAUCACAGCAUGAUAUUGGUCUUAUGUCAUGCCUGCCCGGAUUUGCGCAAGUUUCAAAAAUAUGUAACUUCAAAUUGAAAGUCAUAUAGACAUCAACCAUGACAAACUACACAGAUUGUUUGACAUUCUGAACAUAUGUACAAAUGCCUAGUACUUCAUAUUUUUAACUAUUUUCUCUCAGGUAAUUCUUGAUCGAAAGGUGCAAAUUGAUGGAAAUAUGACAUAUUUGUUAUCUUGUACAAAUGUAUAUUUUUUUAUGGCCUAUAUAAUUAACAGAGGCUUAAUCUGGGUUCUGGAACCAGUGUCCACAAUCGUGAAAUAUCCUCCGGGGUCCCUCCCAAUCCAGAAGGAUCUCCCCUGUGUAUGAGCAUAACAUCUAAGGUAUUUGGAUAUUUGGAUAUGAAACAAAAGCAAGUCAACAGGAGGUAUUGUACAUAGGAACGAUGUUUAGAAUUGUUGAGAAAUUUUAGACGAUCAACUUAAUUCCCAGGAAACUUAUCUAAAAGUAUUUGCCAUGUGACAGAGAUGUUUUUAAUAUUCAAGUCGCAGCAGCACUGACUUCAAGAAUUUUCUUCCCUCCCUCCCCUUUGUUUCGUUACAUUUUGUAACAGUUUUGCCUUUUAUUUUUCUGUCUCAUUUUGUAUCCCGUUGAUGAGGAUUCUCUUUUAUUUCUUUGAUGUAGUUACAAUUAUAUGUGGAUUGGUCUGGCCUUCAUGGUAGCCUUAGAAUAAAUGGUUUUCCAUUAAUAUACCCGAAA